GCCAGCAUCACGUGACCGCCAAGGAGCGCUGUGCAGGUUGCGAGUUCUACCACGUGGAAUGGGAAAGGACAGAUGGAGGCUGGCGGGGUGACGCCACUUCCUCCUGGGGAGGAGCUUGUGUAAAUUCCUAGGUUCCAUUCCCUUGUGGAUCGGUAUAUACCAACUUAGUCGGCCUUUGAUCGCUGAGCUGCUGCGACUCUCGUACUUCUCAGCUGAUCCCAUGACCCUGCUCACCACUGGGCUGCUUCCCCACCCACGUGUCUUUUUUUAACCUCUUGACCCUAGCUCUUAAAGUCAACCACAAGGUUUCAAACUCAGGCCCGGGAUGCAAAGUAGGUCUCCAUGUGCAGGCCUGAAUAGCUCUUAUCCAGUUCUUUUAAAAACUGAAAAUCUCCAUCCUUGAGCGAUUCGGAAGGAUCCCAUUUCUCAUUCUUCCUGAAGACCCCCAAAUGACUUCUCCAUGCUCUUUCCCCCCAAAACCCACAGUCCCCCCAAUAAUUCAUGAGACCCAAGACACCAACAUUCCACCUCCUUUACCCCUGAAUCCCUCGGACUUUGCUCUACCAUCCCCUCCUUGUAGUCUCCAGGCUUCUGCUCCACUCCCACCCCUUCCCCCACCCCCUCCACCUCCACCCUCCGCGGUGGAGGCUGUUCUCCCUCAUGUCUAUGGCCUGAAGAAUCGCAAGCUCCUGAAGGAGGCCUUGGAGAAGGCUGGCCCAGCCCCUGAAGGCAGAGAUGAUGUGAGGAGGCUCCUGAAGCUGCACAAGGACCGGUUUCGAAGUGACCUGCAGUGGAUCCUCUUUUCUGCUGACCUGCCAUCACUCAUCCAGGAAGGCCCUCAGUGUGGACUGGUGGCCUUGUGGAUGGCAGGAGCUCUUCUGUCAACACCUGACAGCGUCUCUUUGGAAAGACUAGUGCAGGUGGCCAAGGAGAGAGGCUACACAGCACAGGGAGAAAUGUUCUCUGUGGCUGACAUGGCCAAACUGGCCCAGGAGACUUUGGGCUGCCAGGCUGAGCUCCUGUGUGGUGGCCUGGGUGGUCCCAACAGAGAUCGAGUUCUACAGCACCUCAUCACUGGACAUCCCCUGCUCAUCCCCUAUGAUGAGGAUUUCAACCAUGAGCCGUGUCAAAAGAAAGGCCAUAAGGCCCACUGGGCAGUGAGUGCAGGGGUCCUGAUAGGUGUGCAGAAUGUGCCAAGCCCUGGCUACAUUGAAGACUCUGAGUUGUCAGGCCUCUUCCACCCAGUGCCUGGUGCACCCCACCAACCACCAUCCUUCCCAGAAGAAAGCUCCCCAGGUGCCAUCUUCCUUCUCUCCAAGCAGGGCAAGAGUUGGCAUUACCAGCUGUGGAACUACAGCCAAGUCCAGGAUAGCAACCUGCAGCUGACAGACUUCUCACCGGCAAGGGCUGCCGAUGGACGGGUGUACGUGGUACCUGCUGGUGGGGUAGAGGCUGGCCUCUGUGGCCAGGCCCUGCUGCUCAGACCACAGGAGGGGAGCCAUUAGCUGGGGCUGGGACACCUGCCUUGAACUUAACUCCAACAUUAGAAUGCUUCAGCUUCUUCCCCUAAUAUGAUAUUUUCAGUCCA